GCGGCUAAGCUGCUGGGAAGUUUCGUCCUGUUAGCGGGCCUUUAACAAAGGGAUCGAGACCAAUCACAAGAGCUUUUUCUUUUAGUAUUGGCAGUUUGAAACUGUCAGGAUUUCUUCUGCAGGGGAAGUGAAGGUGUGGCGGCUGCUCAGGAUGUCUUCAUCAUCUGAUGAGAAAAGCACAAGUCCUGUUUUGCCAAAAGACUCUGAUCAAGGCAGUUCUGUCUCUUCUGAUCUUCAGUUUGGCUUCACCCCCAGCUUGACACAGCUCAGUGGCCGCUAUUCCGCUCCUUCAUGAGGUUCCUGGAGCUUCAUGUGGGGAAGGGAAAGGAAGAGGAGGUCAGAGCACCAGCACUACCCACUCCCAGGAUGAAUAUGAGGAGCUGCUUCGUUAUGCUGUAGUUACCCCAAAAUUCGAGCCAAGUGUGUUACAGCAGUCAGAUCACAGAGAGGUUCGUCAGAAGGCUGCAGCAGGGAAAAAUCCAGUAAUGGAUGAAUGCAGGCGUGAAACUGCAGGAGUAAGUAGGAGGAAACAGGGAAGAGUUCCUGAUUUUGCAGCGUCUACUCGGACGACAAGGAUAGAAGUUUCAACUUCAGUGAAGGAGCCAGAUAUGGAAGGACUUUGUCCAGUCCGCUCAGAAGAAAGUUCUUCUCCAGAGUCUUCAUCUAGUCAAAGGGAUCUUCAAGAGUCUAAUGUGACUGAUUUAAGCCUUUCAGAUGAAAGAGUGACCCAAAUAGAAAGCAUACUUGAUCUCUGGAGUGGGAGCCUUAAGACCAAUGUUCUGACUGAACUGAGGAAGUGGAAGCUUCAUUUUAUUGAACAUCACACACUAGAAAUGAGACAAGAAAGAGAAAAGCAUGCCGCACAUGUGCGACAAUUGACUAAUCAGAUGGAGAACUUGAAGGAGUUGCUACAUACAUAUGAGAUUUCAAUAGGGAGAAAGGAUGAGGUGAUUGCCAAUUUGACGCAUGCAAUUGAGAAACAAAAGGACAGAAUACAGUUGAUGAAAACAUUCACAAAGUGGCGCCUUCAACAUUUUGUGGGCAGACAAGAGGCCAGACAGGAGGUAUAUACGAAGCGGCUGGCUGAUCGCCUAUAUGAAAUGGGUUUGUUGAAGAAAGCAUGGACAAUUUGGCGCUCUCGUAUCCAUAUAAAAUGGAAAGAGACUAUGGAAAGGGCCUGUCAGUCAAGUGCUGAAUCUGUGCGCAUUGAGAUAUCCAGUGACUAUGAAACUAAACUUCAGGAGGUAAAUGCUGAAUUGGAAGCCGCAAGAGCUGAGAUGUUAGAAAUGCAGAACAGAAGACAUGAUUACGAGGAUGCUAUGAAGAAGGCUUUCAUGCGUGGUGUCUGUGCACUCAAUCUGGAAGCCAUGACCAUCUUUCAGGGCAAAGAAUUCAGAUUUGACCAGGUAGCUGAUCUGCCAGAUAAGAGAGCAGAGCCUGGUGCUGGCACUGGUGAUCCUACACCAAAACUCCCUCCAACUCAAUUUGAUCGACCUUUACCACCAACCUCUUCCUCAUCAUUGCUGCCACCACCGCCUCCCCCACCUCCCCCUCCUCCAGCAAUGACUUCUGGCUCUGCUGCUGUAGAAAAUCUAUUUUCUUCUCACCAGGGCCAUGCAAUUACCUCUCAGACCAGAUUAGACUCGGCUGCUGCAUUAUUAGCCUCUGGUGCUACAACAGGACCAGGCACUGUUUCUGUUCCAAAAUUGUCAACUAGGGUUGUGACAUCAGCACAACAGAAGGCAGGAAAAACGAUUACUGCUAGAAUCACUGGCCGAUCUGAUUUUGGACCCAAGAAUCGGAUUUAUAGUAACUUAGAUGUGUUGGGUGUUUCUCCCCCCAUGAAUUCUGUUGUAGUGGAAAAACAUCAUCCAGUCACUCAACAAACAAUAUCUCAAGCUACAGCUGCUAAAUAUCCUCGAACUUUGCACCAGUUUUCUAAUGCUAUCAGCGUGAGACCUCCAGGACACAGUGGGAAAACUCAUACGCAGACGCACAGCAACAUCCAGUCAAUAAAGGUUGUUGACUAGGUUUACAAGUUAAAAUGCUUGUAUUUUACCUUAAGCACGCACAGAGAUUUUUCCAGGUUACAUUUUAAAAUACUCCCUAAUGUUUGCAGAUCAAUAUAGCUAAACCCCAAGGAUGCAUCAUGUUUUUUUUUCCCUUUUGGUAAUAUUGUAGAUAUUAAAAAUAAGCCACCUGAGCUGGUACAAUAUAGUCUGUGUAACUGCAAAUAAGGAAUGCUUGAAAUUAUUUCUUUAACCUAUUUUAUUAAAUAUGAUUUAUUUAAUGUUUUUAAUAAAAAGAAUGAACUGAAUGUCUCAUCUAUUAUUACCAGUGUUAAGUGUUUCUACUGCAUAAGCAUUGAUAGAGUUAUGUGUAACUUUACCUUAUUCUGAAAAUGGGCCCUAAACUAUUGAUUGGUGAUACAGCAAUCAAAUUUAUCAUUCAAAGGUAAUACUGACUUCUCAUAAUGUAUAUUCAUGUAUUUACAAAUGAAGGACGUUACAGAAAAAUUGGGCCAUAUACACUACGAAAUAAGUUUGCCAUUAUAAGCAUUAACUAAUUUAUUUACUAGCUGUGGAAGAGUACCAGCAUAAUUAUAUUGGUAGUAAUACACUGAAAUGUCCCAGUCCAUGGUUUUAUACUGACAACAACUUUUCUGUGGGGGCUACAGGUCAUCAGUUUUGGGCUUCAGUUAUCUCGUAAUGUACUUCAUA